GCAGGAAAAGCCUCAGUCUUUCUUCAUGGUGCUGUGAUAGGCUUGGACUCUUACCCUCUCUCCCUCACUUUGCACAGAAAGAAGUCUCAUGUCUUGGAUAUAGACAUGAUGAGCUUUGUGCAUUCCAGGAUUUUCUUAUUUCUAGCUGCAUCACUGGUACAAGUACUGUUUGUGAAAUGCCAAGAAGGAAACAGUGGCUAUGAGUUGAGCUGCAUGGAGAAUGGUCAGGAGUACACAAACGGAGAUGUGUGGAAGCCUGAACCAUGCCGCAUCUGCGUGUGCGACAGUGGCGCCAUCCUGUGCGAAACCAUACUCUGUGAAGAGCUUUCCAAUUGUGAGAAUGUAGUGCUUCAUGAAGGAGAAUGUUGCCCCAUGUGCCAGACCCGCAGCAGCGGGGGUGUAAUAUACAAGGGUCAGAAAGGUGAACCUGGAGAGGUUCCAAUUGUGACUGGACUACCGGGGCGACAAGGACCAAUGGGACCACCAGGAUCACCUGGAUUCAGAGGAGACCGAGGACCCAAAGGAAGACCAGGUACAAGAGGUCCUCCUGGUUAUGAUGGAGAUCCUGGUGUCCCUGGACAACCAGGAGAGCCAGGUCCACCAGGCCAUCCCCCUGGAGGCCAGCUGUCUGCACAAAUGACUGGAGGAUUUGAUGAAAAAUCUGCUGGACAACAUGCCAUGAUUCCUGGACAACGGGGAGAAGCAGGUACAAGAGGACCACCUGGACCCAGCGGUCUGCCAGGAGCAUCAGGACCACAAGGACACCCUGGUGAAGCUGGAGAUCCUGGAUACAUGGGGCCUGCUGGUCAGAGGGGACCCGAGGGACCCCCAGGAAAACCGGGUGAAGAUGGAGACCCAGGUUCCCCAGGGAGUGCAGGAGAGAUGGGAUACCCAGGAUCUAUGGGACCAAGAGGGUUUCCAGGGUCACCAGGGCCCCCAGGCCUAAAGGGUCAUAGAGGACACCAAGGCACAAGUGGUCCAAAGGGAGAACACGGGGCAGUUGGAUCGAAAGGUGAAUCUGGUGGGUCUGGUCCGAUGGGUGCUCCCGGCCCCAUGGGACCAAGGGGCAUGCCAGGAGAGAGGGGACGCCCGGGACCAAGUGGGACACCUGGUACACGUGGCUCUCAAGGAAACAUUGGAAAACCAGGUCCAAUGGGGCCUUUGGGACUUAGUGGACCCUCUGGGUAUCCAGGUGCACCAGGUAUGAAGGGCCAACCUGGACCUACAGGAGUUAGGGGACCUGAGGGACCACAGGGGCAGAGAGGAGAGACCGGUUCACAAGGAAGACCUGGACCACUUGGCCUUCAAGGUCCUGUAGGUGUGGAUGGAGGUCCAGGAGCCAAAGGUCCAGUGGGAAAUGUUGGGCCCCAGGGGCUAGUUGGUCUGCUUGGUCCACCUGGCCCUCCAGGACCUCAGGGAAGCACUGGGCAGCCUGGGAUCAAAGGUCAAGUGGGAGAUGUUGGUGUUCCUGGAUUUAAAGGCGAAGCAGGACCAAAGGGAGAACAAGGUCCUCCAGGAUCACAGGGGGUAAUUGGGCCUCAGGGAGAAGAGGGAAAACGGGGGACCAGAGGAGACCCUGGAUCAAUAGGCCCUCCAGGACCUGUUGGUGAGAGAGGGGGUCCUGGGAAUCGGGGAUUCCCUGGUCAAGAUGGAUUACAAGGGGCCAAGGGUGCACAAGGUGACCGUGGAAUACCUGGAGUUUAUGGCCCUAAAGGUUCCACUGGAGAUCCAGGCAGAACAGGCGAACCAGGCUUACCUGGUGCAAGGGGUUUGACUGGCACUCCUGGAGUUCAGGGUGCUGAAGGAAAGGCAGGACCCCUGGGUGCAACAGGUGAGGAUGGGCGCCCAGGACCUCCAGGAUCUAUUGGAACCAGAGGUCCAGCUGGAUCAAUGGGAGUCCCUGGUCCCAAGGGUUUCAAUGGAGAUCCAGGAAAACCAGGUGAACAAGGGUCUCCAGGUCCUCCAGGACAAAGGGGUUUGCCUGGUAAGGAGGGAGAAGUUGGUCCACUUGGUCCACCAGGACCUCCAGGACCAGCAGGUGACCGUGGAGAACAAGGACCUCCUGGAAUGCAUGGCUUCCAGGGACUGCCUGGACCAGCAGGUCCAAUAGGUGACCAAGGGAAACCUGGUGAUCAGGGAAUUCCUGGUGAGGGUGGCCCAGUAGGACAAAUUGGACCAAGGGGAGAGCGUGGAACUCCAGGAGAGAGAGGGGAGCUUGGACCUUUAGGAUUGCCAGGAUCCAAAGGUAUCCCAGGAGCACCAGGACCUGAUGGACCAAAGGGGAGUCCUGGGCCUCCUGGUGUUUUGGGUGAUCUGGGUCCUCCAGGUCUUCAGGGAAUGCCAGGAGAGAGAGGAAUCUCUGGUCCAGCUGGUCCUAAAGGCGAACGGGGUACAGUCGGAGAGAAAGGAUCAGAGGGUACACCUGGAAAUGAUGGAGCAAGAGGACUUCCAGGACCUCUUGGCCCUGUAGGACCUCCUGGCCCAAGUGGUGAGAAGGGUGAACCUGGAACUAAGGGACCACCUGGACCUCAUGGAUCAAGAGCAAUGCCUGGAUCUCGUGGUGAGCCUGGUCCAACAGGUCCUGUUGGCUUUCCUGGACCACCUGGCCCAGAUGGUCAGCCUGGGGUAAAAGGGGAAACCGGUGAGCCAGGACAGAAAGGAGAUGCUGGAUCUCCUGGACCUCAAGGCUUGGCUGGACCUCCAGGACCUGUGGGUACAAUCGGUGUGGCUGGACCAAAGGGUGGAAGAGGAACGCAAGGAGCACCUGGUCCAACUGGGUUUCCCGGAUCUCAUGGAAAAGUUGGCCCACCAGGUCCACCUGGUCCUAUUGGUCAGCCAGGCCCCAUUGGUCCUCCUGGCAAAGAAGGCCCACAUGGCCUCCGUGGAGAUCAUGGACCACCAGGACGCCAAGGAGAGAGAGGCCCACCUGGACCUGCAGGAAGUCCUGGAGAUAAAGGAGACCCUGGGGAAGAUGGGCCAACAGGUCCUGAUGGUCCACCAGGACCUGCUGGAACAACAGGUCAGAGAGGAAUUGUGGGACUUCCUGGACAGAGAGGAGAGCGUGGAAUGGCAGGGUUACCCGGGCCAGCUGGUCCUCCAGGUAAAUUAGGAAUGGCAGGAUCACCAGGAGACAAAGGGCCCCCUGGCCCAGUUGGACAACCAGGGGCAAAUGGACCUCGAGGUGAUCCUGGUCCUAAUGGACCACCAGGAUCUGAUGGGCCACCAGGAAAAGAAGGAGUCAUUGGUGAACGAGGUGACCGUGGCGAUCCAGGACCGGAGGGACUGCUUGGGGCGAGGGGUGCUCCUGGUCCUCCAGGCCCCGUGGGUGCUCCUGGAGGCCCUGGAAAGAGAGGAGAUGCAGGGUCAAGAGGCCCUGUAGGACCCCCAGGGCCAGCGGGAAAGAGAGGACUCCCAGGACCUCAAGGACCUAGAGGAGAUAAGGGAGAGUUAGGUGACCAUGGAGAAAGGGGACAGAAGGGACACAGAGGAUAUACAGGUUUACAGGGACUUCCUGGGCCACCAGGCACAACUGGUGAUUAUGGUCCCCUUGGAAUAGUGGGGCCAAGUGGCCAAAGAGGACCCCCUGGACCAAUAGGACCAUCAGGUAAAGAAGGGUACAUUGGACAGCCUGGGCCAAUGGGACCUCCUGGAUCAAGAGGAAUAAGUGGUGACAUUGGACCAGAGGGACCUCCUGGAGAACCUGGUCCACCAGGUCUACCUGGAUCUCCUGGACCACCAACAGCUGCUAUGGAAGACUUGUUCGGAGGCCCUCAGGAUUAUGAUGUUGGUCCUCCUCCUCCUGAAUUCCCAGAGGAUGAGGCUCUGCCCAUAUCAAACUCAACAGAUUCAUUUCAAGCAGACCCAGGAGUCCAGGCCACUUUGAAGGCUCUCAGCAGCCAGAUCGAGAGCAUGCGCAGCCCUGAUGGCACUAAGAACCACCCUGCCAGAACUUGUGAGGACCUGAAGCAGUGCUAUCCCAUGAAAAAGAGUGGUGAAUACUGGGUGGAUCCAAACCAAGGCAGUGUGGAGGAUGCCAUUAAAGUAUACUGUAAUAUGGAUACUGGAGAAACAUGCAUAUCAGCCAACCCCCCCAACAUACCUCGCAAGGCAUGGUGGAAUUCUCCAGGAAACAAACCUAUAUGGUUUGGAAGCAUGAGUGGUGGAACAUAUUUCACCUAUGGGAACAAAGAUCAGCCAGCCAACUCGGUCACAGUCCAGAUGACCUUCAUCCGUCUGCUCUCCAAGGAGGCUUCUCAGACUAUCACUUAUCACUGUAAGAACACGGUCGGGUACAAAGACGAGGCAACUGGAAACCUGAAGAAAGCUGUCAUUCUCAAAGCCUCCAAUGAUCUAGAGCUGAAAGCGGAGGGAAACAGUCGCUUCAGAUAUACUGUGCUGGAAGACAGCUGCUCCCAAGCAAAUCGUAACUGGGGCAAGACCGUUUUUGAGUACAGGACACAGAAAACGGCCAGGUUGCCUAUUGUUGAUAUUGCCCCUGUGGACAUUGGUGGUCCGGAUCAGGAGUUUGGUGUCAAUAUUGGGCCUGUUUGCUUCUUAUAAAGCAGAGAGCAAGAAUGCAUUGAAGAGAAUCCUGAGACUCUUGAACUGACUGCUGACAAGUUCAGCCUUGUACAUAAAGUACAGUGGACUGAUCCAGACCGGUUGCAGGAUAUUUAUUUUGCCUUUCCGAUUACUUCACUACACAACAGGCCCCAUUAGUGUGUUUAUUAAUUAAAUGCUUUUAUUAAAAUAUUAAAACAUGAAAUGCAUACUCUCUUUAGCCUGAGUAAAUUCCAUUAAAAGAUACAUAGAUUAAUUAGUGAAUUCUGGUCUAUCCACUGAUCCCUGACAUUGUGAUGUCCAUUCAAUCAAAUUGAUAUGCCAAGUUUACCAGCACUAGACCCAUUUAGAAAUUGUAUGAAUUUACAUAUUUUCUUUAUUGUGAAAUUUUUCUUUUUUUUUUCAAAAAACAAAAAAAACAAAAAAACAAAAACAAAAAAAACCCACACAUGGUGCUACAGAGAAAAACUGUGUUUAGCAAAAUGUUUUCUGGUACGAGCUGUUGCCUCUGGAAAACAAUUUUCCUAAAACUGAUAUCUCUAUUCUGUUACAGUUGCCUUGUAUGAUGUUUGAAUGCAUCUGACUAUUAAAACUUAAUAGACUGAGUCAUUAGCGUAAGCUACCUCGUCUCUACGAACUAGGACAUGUCAAUGGCAUGUUAUAGUGUCACAGCACUUUUCCUAGGAAAAGGUACAGAACAGGGUAAGGGAAUGGCGAAUAAAAACACGUUCCACCAACGAUUCAAAUUCAGUGUCUCAUUAAAAAGGUGCAUUUUUCCAUUUGUCCUUCCAUUUUUUAAUUACAUACAUAAUUAAUGCACAGUGAAUUUAAAACUGUUUUGUCAGACAAUUUGGUCAAGCAUGCAUGUAGUUGGUUUAAUUCACAAAAGAUGGAUCUAGAAGCAAAAAAAAAAAUGUUGUGUAAUAUGUUGAAACGGACACUGCUGCGUCAUAUAGGCAGCUUUUGAGCAUGUUUUAUAGAUCCAGUCAUAGUUAGAAUGACAUAACUAAUCUCUAGGCAGUCAUAUUUUCUGAAGUGUAUUGUUACACUUUAGCAGCCUUGCACUUUCCCUUGUUAAACUACUCUUUAAAUGCCUAUAGUAAUUUGCAAACCUAGCUGGCCAAAUUUGUUCCUUAUGUAUUUGCUUUUCGAAUUAAAACAUAUGCGUGCCAAUUCCUGUUUCUCUUUUGUUAUCAGUGAGGAAUUUUGUUCUUGGUAAAUUCAUACUCAUUUCUUUUUUUGCUUUUCUUUUUUUUCCCCCCCCAUCUGAUGCAUGAAUUUUCCUAGCAGAAAUAAAAUAAUGAUUGUACAUUAAUAUGACUAAAGCAUUUGGUACAUAUUUAAAAACUACUGUGUUAUGGUAUUUGGUUCUGUAAUAUGCAUAAAAUAAGGCUUUUGAAGAAAUGUAUUUGUACAGCAUCAGAGUUUCUUGUAGUUUUCAACAGAGAUCUGCAAUGUUGUACUUUACAAAUUCCUAAUUUUUUGAAAAAAUAUUUGUGUCUUAGAAUUGUGCUGUGUAAAAUCUGAAUUUAAAAAUUGUAAUUUUUUGAAUAGCAUUUGAAUAUUAAACAUCGAUGUCAUUUUAUGUAUAUGUAUCUAUCCAAAGCAGCGAAUGAGCAAAUGGGAUCAUUUAGAAACACCAGCAUGACGCAGGAGCAUCUCUACAGAACUCACUGUCCUCACUCCUGCCAUCACUGAGCCAUAUUCAGGAAAACAUCCUUGCCAUUGGCACAGUAAUGAACCAAAAGGAAACAACACUGAAGUUUGAUUUUGCUAUGAAACCACUGAAAAAUGUUCAGGAGUCCACAGAACUCAGAAAAUCAUACAGUUUCAUUAUCUGAUGAAAUUACUCCACAGAAUUCAUUGAUGCAAUAAGUUUAGACAUUUUAAAUGUGACAGAGAACAUGCCUUCUUAAUAUUUCACACGCAUAAACUCAGGAAAACUGGUAUGAAAUACCAGUUAAGUAUAUAUACAUUUUUGUUCAAUUGUGUUUUUACGAUGCCACGUCUUAAUAAACCACUCAAACUAA